AUGAUUCAAUGCUGGUCACAUAAUGCAAAUGAUCGGCCAUCAUUUGCAUAUCUCUGUGAACAUCUUAAUGAUCUGAACAGUCAACAAUGUCCGUAUGUUGAAUUUGUUCCCGGUGAUACUUUACCGCCACCUGAUGGUUAUUGUGAAUUAGUUGGAAGACCAAUGACACAUACCGAUUUAUCAGCAAUUACCGAUUUAGAAACGACGGAAGUUGUUGAUGAAAGCUAA